AUGAUCGAUCACAACAUCUUCGAAGACCUGCAGGCCAAGAUUGACGAGGAGGCCGCGGUCCGCGAUGAAGAUCUACCCAGGCUAUUCUUUCGCGAGCUCAUUCUACUCCCACUGAUCAGUCUAAUAUGGACAGUGAAACCCGUUCUCGAUGACGCAACCAAGGAGAUCAUCGCCCAGAGGGAUGAAGUAUCUCGGUUGAAGACUGUGGCGGACAAGCACCCGUUUUACAAGUACAAUGGGGUGUGGACGCGCGAGUUGCAGAACCUUGUGCGUGCCCCUUCUGUUACUGGGGUCUCGUCGAUCGAGCUCUGCGCUUGGCUAGGCGGACUGGAAGAGUACAAGACGAACAGCUCCUCUUCGUUUCUGACGAUAGAAGAGGUUGGAAAUUUCCUGGGUGUCCCCGUGAAUCUCAAAGAACAGGAUGCCUUCCAUCUCACUAUUGAGGAGUAUUUGCUUGCGCUGAUUUCCAUGGUCGAGGAGCUGGCCCGUCUGGCUGUCAACUCGGUCACUCUGGGUGACUAUACCCGGCCGGUGCAAAUUGGCAACUUCAUCAAGGAUUUGUUUGCGGGCUUCCAGUUGCUGAACCUGAAGAAUGAUAUUUUGCGGAAGAGGAGUGAUGGAAUUAAAUACAGUGUUAAGAAGGUGGAGGAUGUCGUUUACGAUCUCUCUUUGCGCAAUUUGAUUCCCAAGGGUAGCGCUGCGGCGUAA